AUGCCUGACAAGUGGGAUGAGGAAUCCUCCUCCGAGGAGUCAUCCGAUCCAACGCCCGCACAAGCUGCCGCUUCGACCCGAAGAAAGUUUGACGAUGAAGAGGAUGACGAUGAAGUCUUAGAUUCCUGGAGUGCUGCCGAGGACUCUGAAGUUGAACGCGAGAAGGCAAAGGUCGAAGCCGAGAGAAAAGCAAAGGCUGAUGCAUUGGCUGCCGCGAACAAGAAGUCGAAAAAGGAACGUGUCGCUGAAAAGCAGGCCGAGAGAGCACGUCAACUCGCAGAAAAUAGCGACGAGAGCAGUGAAGAUGAGGCUACAAGAAGAGAACGCCUUAGACGAACUGAACAAGAAUCCGACUUGAAGCACGCUGAGGACCUUUUUGGCAACAUCGGUAUCAACUCUCGCAAGUCUACAAGUGCUGCAAACGCGGUGCAAGUUGAUGAGAAGAACCCCGCAGCCACUGUUGAUUUGACAACUCUCCCACUUUUCGAUCCAAGAACCAAGCCCCAAUUUGAGAAGCUCCGAGAAACUCUUGUCCCUCUCAUUACCAAUAACGUCAAGAAGGCACAAUAUAUCAUUUUCUUGCAAGAAUUCACCAAACAGAUCUCUAAAGAUCUUCCCAGUGAUCAAAUUAAGAAGAUCGCUAGUACGUUGACGGCCUUGAGUAACGAGAAAAUGAAGGAGGAGAAGGCAGCUGAAAAGGGAGGAAAGAAGUCCAAAGCACAAAAAACCAAGACUACCUUGAAUGCAAGCAGAGAUGCCAUCUCCCAUAAAGAUACCCAGGCUUAUGACGAUGAUUUUGGAGAUGAUGAUUUUAUGUGA